GCACGGAAUGAAUGCAGGUGUUUGACUCUUAUACAAAACUACAAGUUCUGCCAAACACGCUAAAUGUUAGGAAUUGGGUUCACAUACGUAAUUAAUGCUUUGUCAUAACCCGUGUUACGUCUGACGUCUGUGGCAUGUCAGCUCCCCGGUGCCAUUGUUUCGAGAUUUCAAACAAACCAUGGAGGUUUGAGAAACAAACAAACUAUGGAGGUUUGAGCUUUUCGAUUUCUGACUUUUCAUUUAGUACUUCCGUAAUCCGUACUAAUCCUAAUGGUUGAAGAAGAAUGCAUCAGCUAAGUUACGAUUAGUACAAUUAUCGGAGGUUCUAAUCUUGCAAUCAUUAUGAAGAUAUGAGAGUCUGCUUGCUGAUCAGGGGGUUGGUUGUUGCGAACUUUCUGCCAUCGCAUUCGGACGACCAAAAUAAUUUUGUCUAAUGCAUUUCUCCUUCUCCUCCUUGAAAUCGGUUGCAUGUCGGAGAAAAUAGGGUGUGAAGAAAAGUUACCGUAUAUCAAUUUGUAACAAUUUGUAGCCACAGCCUUCACCUUGACUUCUAUGUCUCCUAUUACCUGGCUUUAUGAAAAGACUGAAACUCACAGAACAAUGAUGUCACUGCAUGUUCCAUGUAAAAAAAAUAAGCAACUCCUCCAACACGGUCAGAUGUAUUGUCACGUUGUGACAGUACACAUCUCACCUACUUCUUAGCUUGUUUCGUCCAGUUAUCAUAAUUUAAUCUCAGUUAAAUGAAGUUAAAUACUCAUUCGCAUUUUUGGUUGCGAACAGUUAGAAAUUACGUUUCUCGCUGUUAGCUCCCUUCCCCUUCCCCACUUCCUUUCUGCCCCAGUUUAGUUGUAAGUUUUGUUCAGUAAUUAAUUAAGUCAGGCAAUAAUGGAGCUGGCCUUGGGUGGAAUCGCCGCAGUGGGCGCCGGUUUUUUUUCAAACCCACUGGAAGUUGUUAAAAUUCGAAUGCAACUUCAAGGCGAGCUCCAAGCCAGGGGACAGUACAGUGUUCAUUAUAAAAAUGUUUUUCAUGCAGCGUACACAAUAGGAAUGAAAGAUGGCGUAGUAGCUUUACAGAAGGGAUUGGUUCCAGCAUUAUGGUAUCAGUGGGUUAUGAAUGGCUUGAGGCUGGGGAUAUACCAAAUGGGUACGAAUUCUGGGUGGACAAAAAAUAAGAAGGGGGAAGUGUCCAUGGCUGGGAGCGUCCUAGUAGCCUCGUGUGCGGGAGCUAUAGGGGCGACAGUCGGAUCUCCUUUCUUCUUGGUCAAAACUCAACUUCAGUCAAGAGCCAAUGAUCCCACAAUAGCUGUAGGGCAGCAGCAUUCACAUUCACGAAUGACUCCAGCAUUUCGAGAAAUUUAUAAUAAAUGGGGAUUAGCAGGAUUCUGGAGAGGAUGCACAAGUUCAGUGCCUCGAGUCGUGGUUGCAUCUGCAGUACAAUUGCCAGUGUUUGAUGAGUCAAUCCAAUUCAUACGACGUCAAAAAUUGUUUAGCGAAGGCAGUUUGCUCAAUCCAUUUUGUGCCAGCAUGAUUGCAGGGGUUUUUGUCAGUUUUUUUAUGGCACCGUUCGAUUUAAUUUCGACAAGAUUUUAUAACCAAGGGGUUGAUAAGUAUGGAAAUGGAAUUCUUUACAAGAACAUAAUGGAGUGUGGAAUGAAGAUAGGACAAUCAGAAGGUUUACUUGGUUUCUUUAAAGGAUGGACAGCUAACUACUUUCGACUAGGGCCACAUACGCUGUUAACGCUGGUUGCCUGGGAUUUUUUGAAAACUAAAUACAAAUUAUAUGAGAGUAAACGCAAAUAAUAAUUUGACAAAGGAAUAUUAUGGAAUAAAUGCAGUCAGUGUUGUCUAUUUUGGA